AACACUUGGAUUUUGCCGCGAAACCGAGCAGACGUCCUCAGUGAAAGACUUUACUCUUUUUACGGUUACAUUAAAAGUGUAUUUAUUGGUUUUUGUCUGCUCGGUGUGUUUGUGUGUAACGGUACCGGGAUGUUUUGUGAGAAAGCCAUCGAGUUAAUCAGAGAGCUUCACCGGAUGAGCGACGGGCAACUGCCCGCUUUUAACGAGGAUGUUCUCCGACAGGUCCUCCAGGAAAUGGAAGCUCUUUAUGAACAGAACCAGACUGACGUGAGGUGUUUAAAGGACCACGGAGAGUUUGAGAUCGAUGAUGGAACUGUGAUCCUGCUGAAGAAAAACAGUCAGCACUUCCUGCCGCGGUGGAAAUGUGAGCAGCUGAUUCGUCAGGGCGUCCUGGAGCACGUCAUGUCCUGACCGACAACCAGUUGACGGACAACCGAGGGUUUCCAUUGGCCGACAGCAGAGGACCAGUCAUCCAAUCAUUUUCUUUUAACAGCAGACAGAUGUAAUGAACUCUAAAGUCCAGAUUCACGUUGGACCCUGAACGCAACACACACUUUAAUUCUGUUUCUUCUUUCAUGCUGAUGUAAACAAAUAAAGUUUCUUUUUCUAAAUUCAA